CAUUCGUCAGCUGCUCGAUCUCUCUGAUCACAACAAUCGUAAGCGCGAUGAGAGGAGGAGCUAGAGCCGAUGAAUUCAAUUUCAAUACGAAUCCAUCAACGCCAAACACUGGUCAGCCGACACCGAUGUACCCCGCCGGUGUUGUGGGUGGCGGCGGACGGAAGAAAGGCGUUGGCGUGAGGUCGUGGUUGGUACUGGACUCGUCAGGGAAGUCGGAUCUAAAGGAAGAAGGGAAACACUCCAUCAUGCGGCGAACAGGAUUGCCGGCGAGAGAUCUUCGGAUUCUCGAUCCACUGUUGUCGUAUCCAUCUACUGUUUUAGGUAGAGAGAGAGCGAUUGUCAUCAAUUUGGAGCAUAUCAAGGCAAUCAUCACCGCUCAAGAAGUUUUGUUGCUCAAUUCCAAGGAUCCUUCCGUGUCACCCUUUAUCGAUGAGUUGCAGAGGCGGAUUCUCUGUCACCAUCACGCCACUAAACCUCAGGAGGAACAGAAAUCUGAGGGAGAGCUUCAUUCGAGGACAGAUCCUGCCCAAGGAGAAGCUGGAACGCCACAAUCAUCUGGGGAUCAAGGGAGUGAAGCCAAGAAGGAUGCAAAGCAAAGUCUUGAGAAUCAAGAUGGAUCUAAGGUUCUUCCAUUUGAGUUUGUUGCUUUGGAAGCCUGUCUUGAAGCUGCAUCAAGCAGUUUGGAACAUGAGGCCUUAAGAUUGGAGUUAGAGGCUCAUCCAGCCCUGGACAAGCUUACUUCCAAGAUCAGUACCCUUAAUUUGGAGCGGGUUCGACAGAUUAAAAGCAGGCUGGUUGCAAUAACUGGACGUGUUCAGAAGGUUAGGGACGAGCUAGAACAUCUGCUAGACGAUGAUGAAGAUAUGGCUGAGAUGUAUCUUACGGAGAAGUUAGCUCAGAAACUUGAGGAUUCGUCAAAUUCUUCUAUGAAUGAGAGUGAUACAUUCGAGGUUGAUCUUCCUCAAGGAGACGAGGAUGACAGGCUUCCUCCUGAAUUUGCAUCGUUGGCUAACAGAGAUGAAAGAUAUCUACAAGGAACUGAUGCUCACCAUCUUCUUAUGAGUGCUCACAGUGCACUUAGCAGAAAUAGCCGUGGGACUCAUACAAGCUCAACGAGGAGUGCCAUGACCAACAAAUUAGAUGUGGAAGAGCUUGAAAUGCUUUUGGAAGCAUAUUUCGUGCAGAUCGAUGGUAUACUGAACAAACUAUCAACACUAAGGGAAUAUGUGGAUGACACGGAGGACUACAUCAACAUAAUGCUAGAUGACAAGCAGAAUCAUCUUCUGCAGAUGGGUGUGAUGCUAACAACAGCUACUCUGGUGAUGAGCGCCUUUAUCGCAGUUGCUGGUGUAUUUGGUAUGAAUAUUACGAUAGAGUUGUUCAAGGAUAAUGAAGCUGGUCCAAGAAGAUUCAUUUGGACUGUAAUUGGAGGUUCUGUCGGCAGUAUAUUCCUCUACGUAGGUGCCAUCGGGUGGUGCAAGUACAAGCGCCUUCUUGAAUGAGUCGACCAACAACAUAUUGGGAGAGGAGAAUAAUGUGGCUUUGCCACAAAUCUAUUUAAUCUAACGAGACUUUUUAUGUAUAUCCUUCGUUCUUGGAGGAUCUUACUACUCUCAGACCUUUUUAUCCAUCUCCUUCACUAUUUGCAUAGUUUCAAUUUAAUAGAGCAGAUUACCAUCUACAGAGUUGCAUAGCUUCCUUCUUGCUUAUUUUGAGAUCAUCAAACUUUUAUGUAAUCAACAACUGAUUGAGUAAUAAUGUUUUCCCAAA